UUCCUCUUUCCACAAGAAGAAGAGAGAGGAGGAAAACACACGCACAAAAAAAAAAAAAAAAAAAAGGCCUUCUUCUCCUCAUUAUCUCACUCCUUCAGAGCCUGCACCUCCCAAACUAAAUAUAUAUUAUUAUAUAUCAUCAUUUUCCCCUUGCCCUGAUAAGUUUAAGAUCACUGCUUCCAGAAUCCAUCCAUUUCUUUACUGGGUACUGUGUUCGGUUUCUAUAAAAGAUCGCUUCUUUUUUUGGGAGGAGUCUGGAGCUUGUUUAUCUUUUAGUCAAUUAAUUUAAGAAAAAUAAAAAGGGAAAGCUAUGGAUGCUGAUUCAUGGAGCGCUCGUCUCUCUUCAGCUUCUAAGCGAUACCAAUCAGUGCUUCAAUCUCGAUCUGAUGUGUUUAUGGGGUUUGAAGAAAUUGAUGGAGAUGAUGAUAUAAGGGAAGAGUUUCCAUGCCCGUUCUGUUCAGAAUAUUUUGAUAUUGUUGGGUUGUGCUGCCAUAUUGAUGAUGAGCAUCCCAUGGAGGCAAAGAAUGGGGUUUGUCCAGUUUGUGCCAUGAGGGUGGGCGUUGAUAUGGUUGCACACAUUACCUUACAACAUGGAAAUAUUUUCAAGAUGCAGCGUAAGAGGAAAUCACGUAAAAGCGGACAUCAUUCAACGCUAACUUUAUUGAGGAAAGAGCUCCGAGAAGGAAAUCUACAGUCUCUUUUUGGGGGGUCUUCCUGUAUAAUUACUUCAUCUAAUGCAGCACCUGAUCCAUUGUUAUCUUCAUUCAUUUUGCCUAUGGCUGAUGAUUUUACAAGUGCUCAGCCUUCAUUUUCAAAAGAAACAUGCUCAAGCAAGAAAAGCUCAAAUGAGAAUGAAUCAGAACGAAAAUUGAAGUCAUCACCACUAUCAAUUAAGGAUCAGGAAGAGAAGGCCAAGAGGAGUGAGUUUGUUCAAGGGCUGUUGUUGUCUGCAAUUGAUGAUGACAUCUUAUGAAGUGGACACAUGCUGCUGUUGCAAUGUAGAACUCCAAUUUAGAACUAAGAGCCCUGCAAGCUAUGGUUUGUCUGUAGUGAAUAUGCCUAAUUGCCAAUGUAUUAAAGGCAGAGUGUUGAAUAAGGUGUAGGAACGAGUGUAAGCUAUGUUGCAUGUGAACUUUAGCUGUUGGACCUGAAUAGACCUUUAACUUUCAGGUCAUCCACUAAAUGAAAAGCCCAAAAAGAAUAUAUAUAUAUAUAUAUAUAUAUAAUCUUUCUUAAA